GGCCACUAAAUCUCAAGUCGAGCAUGUUUUAAAUGAAUUUAGUAAUUCUAGAUUAAAAAGUUUCACUCUUAAGGAUAGGGGAUUUGGAUUCGCUUUAUUUGAAAACGAUGAAGAUGCUGAUGUGCUACUUGAGGCAUCAGAAAAUGGAAUAGAAUGUAUGGGCAGAAUAUUAUCAAUCUCUCCCUCAAGAAGCAAAAGAAAAAGUGUAAGAAAUGUAGAGGAUGGCCUUAUGUCUUCCCUUGAACCAGCUUUUGAAAUUGAAAGUUUAGAAUUGGGUAGAUGGGGUGGUGGAAGACGACAGAAAACUCGAAAUCGGAAUAAAAAAUCCAAAAGAAAUACCGACUUUACUUGGACAUUUCUAAGUGCCUGGUCAUAUAAUGAUCAAGGCAAUGAUUUUAUCAAACCAACUUUACAAGUGUCAGAUUACAAAGAAGCAUUUAUAAUAAAAGGAUUUAGACUACAAGGGGAUAGAGAGUAUAAAGAAAAACGGGUAAAGAUAUUAUUUCGAUCAUUGACCAAUAAAUCUCACUCGAUCGUUAUUGAGAAAAAUAAUGACACAUCAGAAAAGGUAACUGUCUAUAUUACACUCAAUUACAGUCCAGAACUAUAUCGUCACAAAUAUGAUCGAGAAAAAACAACAACUGAUGAAAUAUCGUGGGAUUUCAGUUUCAUCUUUUCAAUUUUGGAUCCAAUUCCAGAUGAGUGGUCCAGAACUACUGAUUGGACAAAGGAUGUCAAUGCUUUUGGAAACUAUUUGGUUUACAAAAUGGUUCUUAAAACCAAUUUUCAAGAUUUUCAAACAACUUUCAAUAAAUUACCAAUUCCAGGGACGAAAGAAAGUUUCUUGCGGUGCAAUGUAAAAUCAAUAAAAAUAGUUGAUGACAAUUCUUACCUGGAGAAUUAUGUCUAUAACAUUCUACCUUUCGAGAUAUCCUAUAAACUAGAGUGUCUGAUGUCGCGUGGUAUUCUGAGUGCUUCAGAAAUUCAUGAGCACAAAUUUGGGUACAAAUUAAAAGAGACAUUGGAUCAAGAUAAGUUUAAUUAUGUGUGGCAUGCACUUAACUAUAUGAAGCAUAGUUAUUGGAAUCCGGGUUACGAGCAUUACAACGCUAGGCCAAUCUAUGAGUAUGAUAAUGCUCUCAAGAAUUUUAAUGGUGAACCGCUCAUCUGGCACCCGUCGAACCCCAAAAUAACAAUGAAAACCAAGGAUAGGUAUGCUUGGGUUUACCACGCCUACAUCACCCCUACUAAAAUAUAUUUUGAGGAUCCGACCUACGAACAAUCCAAUCGUAUAUUGAGAAAAUACGAGGAACACUACGAUAGAUUUUUGCGUGUGACAUUCGUUGAUGAGAAUGAAGAGAACAUAUAUAUUAGAGAUGGCGAGGUUGACAUUACAAAAAAAAGGAUCUUACAAAAGUUGAAACAUGGUUUUAAAGUUGCUGGUCGCCAUUAUCAAUUUCUGGCAUUUUCCUCAUCACAACUACGCGAAUCAUCCUGUUGGUACGUUUGCAACAAGGAAAUAUGUGGUUUUACAGCAGACCAAAUUCGUAAAGAGAUGGGUGACUUUAGUUUAAUAAAAUCACCUUCACUGUAUGCUGCUCGAAUGGGACAAUGUUUCACGACUACAAUUAGCACUGUCACAAUUCCAAGUGACCAAAUCGUAAAAAUUCCUGAUCUUGAAAUCACAAUUAAUGGCAAAAAACAAAAUUUCAGUGAUGGAUGUGGAAAGAUAUCCAUGGACCUUGCAAGAAAAGUAAUUAAAAAGUAUAUGGGUGCUCGAUAUAUUAAAGAUGAAGUCCCUUCAGUUUAUCAAAUAAGAUUUGGGGGCUCAAAGGGAGUGGUAGCCUUAGACAACACAUUAGAAGGGGAACAAAUUUGCGUGCGGCCAAGCCAGAGGAAGUUCGAGGCACCAGAUUCAUUGGAUUUCGAGAUCGCUAAAACAGUCAGAAGUCCAUUGCCCGCGUAUCUAAACCGCCAAAUCAUAUUAUUAUUGUCAAAUCUUGGAAUUCCUAAUGGAAUUUUCCUGGACUUGCAACAAGAGAUGAUAAACAACAUCAACUUGGUGAUUAAUGACCGAGAAAAGGCCACUGAUGUUGUUAGACAUAGUUCGAGUACGAAGGAAUGCUCGCAUGUCAUCAAAACAAUUCUUAGCAUGCUGGAUGAUGGCGUAAAUAUAGAAGAAGAACCAUUUUUGAAAGGUUAUUUAGAAUGCAAAAGACUUUUUGCCCUAAAUAAUCUACGUUACAGGGCACGAAUUUUUAUGCCAAACGCGUAUUUGUUGAUGGGUGUUGUGGAUGAAACCGGAAUUUUAGAACCGAACCAAAUAUAUGUCCAUACGUCCACUAUUGUUUCCCAACACAGAACAUUUAAAGGGGAUCGUAAUAAAAAGGUGAAAAGAGAACGUAAAGUAUGGACCGGUCCAGCUGUAAUUACAAGAAAUCCCUGUAUGCACCCGGGUGACAUGAGAAUUGUCGAAGCAGUGGAUGUCAUAGAGUUGGAACAUUUAAAAAAUUGUGUGGUGUUUAGUCAGCAUGGAGAAAGACCGUUACCAAAUUGUUUGGGUGGUGGAGAUUUAGAUGGGGAUGAAUUUUUUGUUUGCUUUGAUGAAAGAUUGUUUUUCCCUGAAGAGUCAAUGUUUGAACCUAUGAAUUACGACCCUCCGGGAAGAAAAGAAAUCGAAGAAACCAUCAACAUCAAUCACAUUUGCGAAUUUUUCGCAGAUUUUUUAAUAAAUAAUAGAUUGGGUAUUAUUGGUAAUUUACAUCUAGCAUUUGCUGAUUUUAUUGGUUUAGAAAGUGAAGAAUGCUUAACUUUGGCUGAAUUACACUCCAAAGCUGUGGAUUUUAACAAAACAGGAAUACCUGUUACUGAUAAAUUACCGGAACUGAAAAAUUAUCCAGAUUUUAUGGAAAAAAAGGUGAAAGAAUCAUACCAAUCUCAAGGAAUAUUAGGUCUAUUGUAUCGUAAAAUACAAUUAACCAAAUCAGAAGAUGAUCCAUUGCUCAUAUACGAUACUGUAUCUGGAUUAAAAGUAAACGAGGAAUAUUUAUAUGAAGGAUAUAUGGGUCACCUUGAAAAAGCUUUACAUUACCGUAGUCAAUAUAAUCGAAUGAGAAUACCAGUGACAGACGAAUCAAAAGCUCUGGCCUCGGCUUGGUAUUACGUAACAUAUAAACAAAACGAUGAUGAAUUCUAUGAUGAGGGGAGAGAUGAACGAGAAGAGGAUCUGUUGUUAUUAAGUUUUCCAUGGGUAGUAUCUGAUUUGUUGUUAAAAAUUAGAGAGGAAAACCUUAAUAUUAAUUCAUAG